AUGCACGGCUCCAGUCGUCUCCGGGACGCGGAGUCGGCCACUUUAUUACCAUGGCCUGUUCCGCGUCCUGGGGGGAAGGGCAGACGACGAAGCAGCAGCAGAAGCAGAAGCAGAAGCAGAGACUCUUCCUCUUCCAGGUCCAGACUGUCUUCCAUCGCGAUCCGCCGCUUGACUUUGUCCCGUCGUCGCUUUCUCAAGAUGGCUAUUCUCCUGGCUGUCCUCCUCCUCGUCUCACUGGCCUACUCGGCCCGUAUCAGGCCUUCUUUGUUUCGAGGUGCCAACGAUACUGUCUUCCAUGAGGAUGGUCCUUCCCGUACCGAUGGGUAUGCUCGUGCCCAUGGUACGGACUUUCUUAUCCAUGAUCCGAGUAUCGUCCAGGUUGGGGAUACAUUUUACUCUUACAGCGUUGCCCCCGGUAUCGCCGUCCACGAGUCCUCUAGCCUCGACGGGCCCUGGACGCAAACCGGCAGUGUUCUCGGCGGAAACAGUGUUAUCACAAAGGGUGACAACAAGGCCCCCUGGGCGCCCAACACCGUUCAGAUCGGAGACAAGUUCUACUGCUACUAUGCCGUCAGCAACGCUGGCUGCCGCGAUAGUGCUAUCGGGGUAGCCUCGUCCAACUCUCCCGGACCCGGGGAUUGGACAGACCACGGACUUAUUCUUCAGUCAGGCACCGGCGAUGACUCGGAUACCUUCCCAAUGGACCAAUCGAACGCGAUCGACGCCAAUGUGUUUGUGGACUUUGACAACUCCGCGUAUUUGAUCUUCGGCAGCUUCUGGACAGGCAUUUGGCAGGUCAAGCUUGAUGAUGAUUUGGUCUCUGUGGAAGGUAACGACACCAAAAGUCUUAGCUCGUCCCAUCUUGCUGCAGAGCCCGGGAAAGUGUGGCGUUCUUCAAGGAAGGCAGCGAGUCCCGUUUGUGGUGACCCAACCGGAGGCCAUCCCAUCGAGGGCGCCUUUCUGGCUUACCAGGAACCGUACUAUUAUCUGUGGUAUAGCUGGGGGAGGUGCUGCGAGUUUAAGGACCCGAAGAUGCGGACGAAUGGGCAAGAAUACCGCAUCCGAGUUGGACGAUCCGACAACGUGCGCGGCCCGUUCGUGGAUAAACAGGGCAACGACCUUGUUGAUGGUGGUGGUGAGACGGUUUACGCCUCAAAUGGUGAUGUCUUCGCUCCUGGGGGUCAGGGCAUUAUGAGCGACCUGACUGGUGAUAUCCUCUACUACCAUUACCGUGAGUGUCCACCCUAUCCUUUUCGUCUCCAUGGGCCGACUAAUGACAUGUCUAGUCAAUUCCUCCAUCAGCUACGAAUUCGGCCAAGCAAGACUUGGAUGGAACCGGCUGGUAUACGUGGACGGCUGGCCUGUCGCAGUUUAUUAGAAUAUUUACAUUCCGACUUGGAUAUAUCCCGCAUAUAUCCACCCUACUUAGACUCUAUACAUACAGCAUAA